AUGUCCAAGACAUUCACCCGCGCCGAAGUCGCCCAGCACACAACUGAGGACUCCCUCUGGUGCAUCAUCGACCACCGCGUCUACGACCUCACCGACUUCCUCGACGCCCACCCAGGCGGCAGCGUCGUGCUGGCCCAAAUCGCCGGAAAAGACGCAACAACCGACUUCUACAACCUGCACCGGCAGGACGUGCUCACAAAGUACCGCUCGCAGCUCUGCAUCGGGACAAUCGCCGACGAGACACCGGAAGUCAUCGAGCCGACGGCUACCUCGCUGAGCCCAGUGCCCUACGCCGAGCCAUUAUGGCUGCGCCCUGGGUUCAAGAGCCCGUAUUAUAAGGAGAGCCAUCGCCGGCUGCAGAAGGCGAUUAGGGAGUUUACGUCGCUGCAUGUUACGGCUGAGGCGCAGGAGAAGGAGCGCGAUGGGUCGUAUAUCAGCCAGGAGCUUAUUGAUAAGAUGGCGGAGAGUAAUGUGCUGGCUAUGAGGUUGGGGCCUGGGAAGCAUCUCCAUGGGCGGAAGUUGUUGGGUGGUGUUGUUGAUGGGAAGGAGUUUGAUUACCUGCAUGAUUUGAUUAUCGCGCAGGAGAUGGUCAGGGUUAAUGCCAGAGGUUUCCAGGAUGGAAAUAUGGCCGGCAUGGUGAUUAGUUUGACGGCCGUGCAGAACUGGCUGCGGAAUGAGCCGCUCCGACAAAGGAUCACAGAAGAGGUUCUCUCGGGCAAGAAGAAGAUGUGUCUCGCUGUCACAGAGGCGUUCGCCGGUAGUGAUGUCGCCGGCCUGCGGACGACAGCCGAGAAGACUCCAGAUGGGAAACACUACAUUGUCAACGGAACCAAAAAAUGGAUCACGAACGGUAUGUGGGCCGACUACUUCGUAACAGCGUGCCGCACAGAAAAAGGCUUCUCGGUUCUGCUCAUCCCGCGCGACGACAACGUCGAGACGAACCAGAUCAAGACCUCAUACUCGACCACGGCCGGAACAGCGUUUGUCGAGUUCAACAACGUCAAGGUCCCCGUCGAGAACCUUCUCGGCGAUGAGCACAAGGGUUUCAUCGUGGUCAUGUCGAACUUCAACCACGAGCGCUUCAUGAUGGUGUGCGCGGUUGUCCGAGCCACCAUGAACGUCGUCGAGGAGUGCAUGAAGUGGUGUAACCAGCGCAUUGUCUUCGGAAAGAGACUGGUCGACCAGCCUGUAAUUAGACAGAAACUCGCCCGAAUGAUCUCCCUAACAGAAUCAAACCAAGCCUGGCUCGAAUCCAUCGCAUACCAAAUGUGCAACAUGACCUACGCCGAACAGUCCAAGCUUCUAGGUGGGCCAAUCGGUCUACUAAAGUCCCACGUCACCCGGUGCGCCGGCGAGGUCGCUGAACAGGCCACGAAUAUCUUCGGGGGGCGUGGUAUCACGCAGUCAGGCAUGGGCAGAGUCAUUGAGAUGUUCAACCGCACGUACAAAUUCGAUGCGAUUCUCGGUGGGACAGAAGAGAUCCUGGCGGACUUGGGUGUGAGACAGGCGUUUAAGACGUUCCCGAAGGCGAUGCUGUAG